GGAGGGAGAGGGCGGAAGUUCCCCGCAGGCCUUGGGGAGGACGCGCGCACCGGGAGUCACUUGUCAGCGCUCUACUGAGGCGGAGGCAUCGCGGUGCCGGUCCGGAGUUUCUUGCAUUUUCUGGCCUUGGACUUUGAGCCAUUAGAACCAUGAGCAAUUACAGUGUGUCCUUGGUUGGCCCAGCUCCUUGGGGUUUCCGGCUGCAAGGUGGCAAGGAUUUCAAGAUGCCUCUGACAAUCUCUAGUCUAAAAGAUGGCGGCAAGGCCUUCCAGGCCAAUGUAAGAAUAGGCGAUGUGGUCCUCAGCAUUGAUGGAAUAAGCACCCAAGGAAUGACUCAUCUCGAGGCCCAGAACAAGAUUAAGGGUUGUACCGGCUCUUUGAAUAUGACUCUGCAAAGAGCAUCUGCAACACCCAAGCCUGAACCAGCUUCUGUUCCAAAGCCCACAGUCACCAGCGUGUGUUCCGAGACUGCUCACGAGCUAGCAGAGGGACAGAGAAGAGGAUCCCAGGGUGACAUUAAGCAACAAAAUGGUAAUCCUGGCACUGUGAAAACCCCACCUAAACGGCCACCAAGAAAACACAUUGUGGAGCGUAAUACAGAGUUUUAUCACAUACCCACUCAUAGUGAUGCCAGCAAGAAGAGACUGAUUGAGGAUACUGAAGACUGGCGCCCAAGGACUGGAACAACUCAGUCUCGCUCUUUCCGAAUCCUUGCCCAGAUCACUGGGACUGAACAUAUGAAAGAAUCUGAAGCUGAUAAUGCAAAGAAGGCAAAGGAAAAGAUACCCCUUCACGUCUUUAGUCCCAAAUACACAAAAUUACGUGACUGGCACCAUGAAGUUUCAGCACGUGCUCUUAACGUACAGUGAUUUAUGAGCCUUGCCCCCCAAGCAGUCAGCACAUACCUUUCCAUUCACUUUUUCUUUUUCAACUUGAUAGCAAAAUCUGUAUUAAAUUUGUCUGAUGAAAAAAAUAGAAACUUUUCUAUACUUUUCUAACAAUUUCCUGUUGUCAUGAAAAUAAGGAAGAUGAACAUGUUUUGUGCUAGGUGGUAGCUCACAAAUGUAAAACCAAAGAAAAUAAUGAAGGCACUAGAUCUAAUCAGAGGAUUUACAUCUAUUUCUAUUGUUACUAUGGUAGAAACCUUGAAAAAAGAAUUAUUUUCAUAAGUUGGGUUUGUUUGGUUAGUUGAAGCAGAGGCAUAUGAACAAAUAAUGUCCUUGUCUAAUUUGAAAAAUACUUCCUUUAAAAUGUGAUUACUUUUCCUGAGAUUACUUUUAAGUUCAUUAUUAUGGAAUGGUCAAAGUUGAUUGUACAUUAUUCUAAGUACACAAAUAGGAGGAGGAAAGAUUAAACAGAGAGAACUUUGUUAGAUAAGAGUCCAUUGUAGAUUUAGGUAUUUUUUAAAACAGGCACUCUUCAGGGGGGUUGUUGGAAAGAAGAUUCUACUCCUGUUUGCAAUUGGAAAAUACAGUGUUCUUUUGGGUUGGUUAGAUUCAAAAUCCUGUUUUCUACCAAGAAAAUAUAUGUAAGCUGGUGGGUAUUUUUAUGGUAUAGGAAAUUUCUAGGUAUUAACUAUAAAACAUAGAAAGAUAGUUUGCUUCACUUUUAAAUCAGAGGAAAAUAAUAAAACACAUUGUAAUAUGAACGAUUCUGAGAUUUCAGAGAAAUAUUUUACUUAGUGUUGUAAACUAUUGUGUGUUGCUGCUAUCCUUAGGAAGCAAUGUUUUGGGCAGUACAUGGAAGCUAAAAAUAUGAGAAAUGCUUUCUGCCUUGUAAUAUAAUGUAUUAUAUAGUAGAUCUAAAUGCAGUAAUAAAUGCGUUUGAAGUUUGGAAAAUUAUUGUAAUAAAGUUGCCUUUAACUUA